AUGGGUUUGGACAGGCUCUUUUCCAUUUCAGGCUAUUCAAAGACGAAGAAACACGUUCUGUAUGUCUUGCUUUCUGUGUUUGGACACAUGACAGCUGAUUGUCGAGUCGGUUUCUUUAUCCUUAUCCAGUUCACCAGCUUCUCGGAGGAAACUCUCAAACUGUUUUGCCAAAUUUCUCGCAAACUGGCCCCAAGUUUAUGCCCCAACUCCAAUGACCACCACAGAAAAUCAAGCAAUAAGCUCAGGCCCACGAGGCCAAUUGGGACACCAACGCUUGUGAGACCGAGCUUUCAAAACUUCUCACAACAAAGAACAACGAAGAUAAAGUGUUUUGCCUUUAAAGGAGGGGGUAGGCCGCGAGUGGAGUAG